CAUUUCAACCCUUUCUUCAAUCUGUGCCACUGCUCCAAAUCUCCAAUUGUUUCAUCCACGUCAAGGUUGUCAAUUCGCGGGUUAACCCGUCGGUUGGCCCCUUUGACCCUGACCGGGUGAAAAAGGACCGUACACAUCCGUCGGGUCGAUCCGCUGCAAGGUAUCAGAUUAGAGGUUAAAAGACAUCGUUUUUCGAUCCUUUAGCUUGUGAAAUCCACCUAUUUUUCAGUUUUUCUUUUCGCCUAACCCAAUAUUUGAAAUUCUAAGUUGAACAUUCAUGUAUAUAAGUGUGUGAAUUUCACUACAUGUUGGAUCCAAGUACGACAUGUUGGAUCCAUGUUAUAUGUUAUUAUUCAUAUGGAUCCAUGUUAUAUGUUAUUAUUCAUAUGUUAGAUGAGAUUUUAUAUCAUUUAUAAAUGUAUGAAAAAUAUAAUGACUUUUACCAUAUAUUUGGGCUAAAAUAUCAUAGUUGAUGGAUCGGAUAUGACAAUGAAGGUGACACGAAGGUGCUCAUUGAUAAGAUUAAUGCCAAGUAUGCGCAAAACAACCGUGUUGGGACUACUAUCCAGAAGAUUCUGCGUAUGAUGACUAUGAAUAGUGAUUUUCAGGUUUGAUUUGUGGGUCGGAUCACCUCCAACAUGGAGGGCAUCAUAGCGCCCCUAUUUAUUCAUAAUGAACAGUAACUUACGCUUCCCAAAAUGCGAUAUGGUAUUUGAGCAACCAAACAUAAGGAUUCACGCGAAAGAAGGGAAAAAAAAAAAAAAAAAUAGCAAGGGGAAAAUUUUAUAGGGAAUACAAAUUAAUUCCUACAUGGAUGUUUGGGCAGCCAAACAUAUGGUUUAAUGCAAAAGUAAAAUAUUUGGCCGAAUUUGGCAGCCCUAUUUAUUCAUAAUGAACAGUAACUUUCGCUAACCACUUAAUACGUUGAAAUUCUAGCCUAAGUUCCAAAAUGUGAUAUGAUACUUAUGCAACCAAACACAAGGAUUCACGUAAAAGAAAAAAUGUUAGGAAGAAAAAUUUAUAGGAGAAGAUCCAUUGAUUAGUACUAGUUUUUGGCCCGAGCUUUACAGCGGGAAGAGUAAUUAUACUUGAAAUUUCCUCCACUUAUUUAAUGAUGUAGUAAUUCAUAAAGUUCGAGUAAGACAUCACUAUAUGCACUAACGUAGUAUCUAAAUCAUUAUGAAUGAAUUAUGCCAUUAAUUUGUUCAAGUGAUACAUAAGAAAUAUCUAUUACUCCAUAAGUUUAAGGUAAUAUAUUUGUAAUUUACGUAACUGUUAAUGAAUGAUGUUAUGUAAAUAUUCCAUAAUGUGUGGUCUAAUAAUAAAAUUAAUUAAUUUAUUAUUUUUAUAUAGAAUUUAUUAAUUAAUGAAGACGGACAUUCCGAUAUAAUUUUUUUUAGUUGGACAUAUAUUUUUUUCGUCACUAAUUAAAUUUGACAUUAUCAAUGACAAAAAAUAUAGCUGUUAGAAAUAUGAUCGUUGGAAGAUUUUUCGUUGGUCAAUAUAACGGUUAAAAAAUAUGAUAAUCGACCAAUAACAUAUAAUAAUCUCAAAUUAAAACUCUUAAACCAAUCAGAAGUUUCAUUUUUACCAUAAACACGUAGGCAUUAACAAUCAAUACCACAAACUUUAAAUGCCCUCUGGUAGUCUCUAUAUAUAGCACAACAAGAGUUGUGCAGGAUGAGUAACUAUAGACCUAUUUAACUGUCUCCAAAUCGAACGCUACCCUCUGCAAUUGAUUAUUCGAUGGAGAACAAGCAGCAACUUCCGACAGAGCUGUUUUGGGGCAGUCAUCACGAGAUUUGCCAGAUAGAAGGAUUCUGGUACCUGACACGACUUAUGGAAAGCAUAGCCACCUUCAGAUCAGGAUUCGAGCCGAGGAAGGAUGACAUUCUCUUGACAUCUUUCAUCAAAACAGGAACGACCUGGCUCAAAGCUCUCUGCUACAACAUCCUCGACGAAGAAGAGAAUGACGUCCUGGCGGCGAAGAACCCCCACGAUGUGGUUCCGACACUCGAGGCUAGUUUCCGCCAAAACCAAGUCCAAGAUCUGCUGCUGAAUUCCCCUCCAGGGCGCAGCCGAUUGCUCCACACCCACCUCCCCUGCAGUUACUUGCCAGAGAAGGUGAGGAGCUCAGGUUGCAAGCUCGUGUAUGUGUCCAGGAACCCCAAGGACACGCUGGUGUCGAUGUGGCAUUUCUUCAACAAGAACGUGAAAGCCUACCCAGGCGGCCCGUUCCCGCUGGAGAGAGCGGUGGAGACCUUCUGCAGCGGGGUUAUGCCUUGGGGGCCUUUCUACGAGCACGUGGUGGGAUACUGGGAAGAGAGCAAGAAGCGGCCUGAGGAGGUGUUGUUUCUUAAGUACGAGGACCUAUGUAGAAACCCAGAAGAGCAACUGAGGAAGCUGGCUUCAUUUCUUGGCCGAAAAACGAAUGUAGAUGUGGAGAAGGUACUGUGGCGGAGCAGUUUGAAUAGGCUUAAGGAGUUGGAGGUAAACAAGAAUGGUGCCCGUAAGGACGCCCCGUAUAUUCCCAAUUCCAUCCUUUUUAGGACGGGAACGGUUGGAGAUUGGAAGAACUACUUGACUUCCGACAUGGCUCAACGUAUCGAUAGCCUCACACGAGUCAACCUGCAGGGGACUGGGCUUUCUUUUGAUGACGAGUAGUUCUGUGUGUGCUACGAAAGGGAAUACCUUGUGUGACCAUUUUCGUUAUUUUGUUCUGUAUAAGAAGCUUUCUCCAUCUGGACGUUUGUUCGUGUGUGAGUAUAAGGGGCACCUUCCAUGUCUAUGAAGGAUAUCUAAUGGGAAUAAAAUCAUAAGUUGUUCGUAACUUGGUUUUGUAACUAUAGACCUAUAAAAACGAAGGAGAUACCAUAUGGUAUGAAGGUGAUAACGAGUGGUAUGAAAUUUUUGUCUCUUGAAAUAUAUUGAAAGUGAACCUCAUUUUGUAGAGCACAACAAACUCGUUUCAUCUGUGAAAAAAAAAUUUGAAUUCUA